AGGAAGUGCCGCUGUGUUUGGUUUUGCAGCUGUAGAAUCACAAGACCUGAAAAGAAGUAGAGCAUUAAAUUCAAAAUUUCAUUCAUUUUUUGCUGUCUUUAGCGCAGCGCCGGAGCCUAAACAUGAACGUGACGCUCGCCGUAAAACAGUACGUCUCCAAAAUGAUCGAGACCAGCGGCUCCGGCAUGAAGGUCCUGCUCAUGGACCGAGAGACGACGAGUGUGGUGAGUGUGGUCUACUCUCAGUCAGAGAUCCUGCAGAAAGAGGUGUAUUUGUUUGAAAGGAUUGAGUCACAAAACAGAGAACCCAUGAAGCAUUUGAAGGCCCUUUGCUUCCUCCGACCCACCAAGGAGAAUGUGGAGCUGUUGGUUCAGGAGCUGAGGAAACCAAAAUACAGCGUCUAUUUCAUCUUUUUCAGUAAUGUGAUCAGUAAGAGUGAAAUCAAGGCCCUGGCAGAGGCUGACGAGCAGGAGGUGGUGGCUGAGGUCCAGGAGUUUUAUGGAGACUUCAUCGCGGUGAAUCCUCACCUGUUCUCCCUCAACCUGGUGGGAGUGUCCAGGGGCCGGAGCUGGGAGCCGUUGAUGCUGCAGCGCUGCACCCAGGGCCUAACUGCAGUGCUUCUGUCCCUGAAAAAGUGUCCUAUGAUCCGCUACCAGCUCUCCUCCGACCUGUCCAAGAGGUUGGCUGAGAACGUCAAGCAAAUUAUCACCAAAGAGUAUGAGCUGUUUGACUUCAGGAAGACUGAGGUUCCUCCUCUGCUGCUGAUCCUUGACCGGAGUGAUGACGCCAUCACCCCCCUGCUCAACCAGUGGACAUACCAGGCGAUGGUGCAUGAGCUGUUGGGGCUGAAUAAUAAUCGGAUCGACCUGUCCAGAGUCCCCGGUGUCAGUAAGGAUCUAAAGGAGGUGGUGCUGUGUGCGGAUAACGACGAGUUCUACGCCAAUAAUUUGUACCUGAACUUCGGGGAGAUCGGCACAAACAUAAAAAAUCUGAUGGAGGAUUUUCAGAAGAAACGUCCCAAAGGACAGCAAAAGCUGGAGUCCAUCUCUGAUAUGAAGGCAUUUGUGGAGACCUACCCUCAAUUUAAGAAGAUGUCUGGGACUGUGUCCAAACAUGUGACUGUGGUGGGGGAGCUGUCCCGGCUCGUCUCAGAGAGAGUUCUGAUGGAGGUGUCCGAGGUGGAGCAGGAGCUGGCGUGUCAGAGUGACCACGGCAACGCAGCACAGAUGGUGCGUCGGAUGGUUCAGAACCCGCGUGUGUCGGAGUUGGAUGCUGUUCGCUUGGUGGCACUCUACGCUCUGAGAUACGAACGUCACACCAGCUCCAUCUUGCCUGCCCUGAAGGGGGAGCUAGAGAGGAGAGGCACCAGCGACCACCUCAAACAGAUGGUUUCCCGUGUGGUGGAGUUUGGUGGGAAACGUGUCAGAGGAAGUGACCUCAUUACUGCCACAGAUGCCGUCGCCAUCACCAAGCAGUUCUUCAAAGGACUCAAGGGGGUGGAAAACGUGUAUACUCAGCACCAGCCACUGCUUCAGGACACGCUGGACCAACUGAUCAAAGGACGUCUCAAAGACGCAACAUUCCCCUACUUGGGCCCGAGCAGCCUCAGGGACAGGCCUCAGGACAUCAUCGUGUUCAUAAUCGGAGGAGCCACGUAUGAAGAGGCUCUGAGCGUAUACAACCUGAAUAGAAGCUGCCCCGGAGUGAGGAUAGUACUGGGAGGGAGCCACGUGCACAAUACUAAGAGUUUCUUGGAGGAAGUGAUGUCAGCGACAGGUCAAAGUUCAGAACGCUCACAAGGCGGGAGUCGUCACAGCAAUAGGCGCUAAUGAGCUCUAGACCAAUUAGGACGCAGACACAUUCCCUUUGCUUUUAUUUAUGUUGUUUGUGAGUUUAAGAUUUGUGUUUUAAAAGUGUAAAAAGUUUAUGGACUAAAACUGAACAAAAAUAAAUGCUCUUAAAGCAG